AUGGACAACUCAAUAGUGUACGUCGUCCUGUCAGCGCUUGCUCUUUGUGUCGUCGCCGAGCCACCAGUCGACCGGUCGUACCUGCCUCCCAGUUCUGAGUACGGACCUCCCUCGGCCUGCUCUCUCAGCUCUCAGUACGGCACCCCAACAGCCAAUGGCCUCAGCUCGCAGUACAGUGCGCCUUCACUAACGGACGCUGCUUUUGGUCGCUCAGGCGCUUCCAGCCAGGGUCCAGCGGCUCGCGUCUCCACCAGCUUUGGAAGUGCCUCCUCCAAGAGGAUUGGAGCUGGCAGGAGGAUAAGUGGUGGUCUCUUCACUCUCUAUGACGCUCCUUCGGCAGCUGGCCAACCUACUGGAUUUGGAGUACUCGCUUUGUCUACACAGUACGGCGCCUCUUCUUACUCUGGUGACGUGUCCUCCACUCAGUACGGUGCGCCCUCUGAUAACGCUGGUAGCCUUUCUCCAGUGUAUGGAGUACCUGGAUAUGGCUACAGUCGCACUGAAGGCCAAGAGGAUUAUCUUGCUGAGCCGGCCAACUACGAGUUCACUUACUCGGUGCAGGACGGCGAGACGCUGAGUGACUUUGGACAAGAGGAGUCCUGGCAGGGGGAGAGCGCCCAGGGCCAGUACCGCGUGCUGCUGCCCGACAGCCGCAAGAAGAUCGUCUCCUACCAGGCAGACGAGGGCGGCUACAGGCCCACCGUGUACAUCGUCCUGUCAGCGCUUGCUCUCUGUGUCGUCGCCGAGCCGCCAGUGGACCGGUCGUACCUGCCUCCCAGCUCAGAGUACGGACGUCCCUCGGCCUCCUCCCUCAGCUCUCAGUACGGCGCCCCAGCAGCCAACGGCCUCAGCACUCAGUACGUAGCUCCUGCGCUGACAGGCGCUGCUUUUGGUCGCUCAGGCGUUUCCAGCCAGGCUCCAGCAGCUCGCGUCUCCUCCAGCUUUGGAAGCGCCUCCUCCAGGAGGUUUGGAUCUGGCAGGAGGAUCGGCGGUGGUCUCUCCACUCGCUAUGGCGCUCCUUCGGCGGCUGGCCGUGCCACUGGCUUUGGAGGAAUCGGUCUGUCCACACAGUACGGCGCCCCUUCUUACUCUGGUGACGCGCUCUCCACUCAGUACGGUGCGCCCUCUGGUAACGCUGGCGGCCUUUCUCCAGUAUAUGGAGCGCCCGGAUAUGCCUACACUCGUGCCGGAGCCCAAGAGGAUGCACUUGCCGAGCCGGCCAACUACGAGUUCAGCUACUCGGUGCAGGACGGAGAGACGCUGAGUGACUUUGGACAAGAGGAGUCCAGGCAGGGUGAGAGCGCCCAGGGCGAGUACCGCGUGUUGCUGCCUGACGGCCGUAAGCAGAUCGUCUCCUACCAGGCUGACGAGGGCGGCUACAGGCCCACCAUAGAGUACCAGGACACCGGACUCACCGCCUACUCUGCCAGCGGAUAUGGCUAUGGCAGGGGUCGCGCUGGGGCUGGAAACGGUGGAUACAACUACUGA